AUGUCUUAUUCAAAUGGCCAAGGAUGGACCCCAUUGCACUCGGCUACACGCUUCGGACAUAUCGUAAUCAUUCCGCUAUCACUCGAAAGGGGAGCAGAAUGGUCUGCUGUGACUCGAGAUGGGCGAUUUGCAUUACAAGAUGCUGCUUGGAAAGGCCACUCCGAAUUGGUGCAACAACUGCUCAAGAAUGGCGCUGAUGCAAUGGCUCGGGAUUCAUCUGGACAAUCCGCCCUCUUCUACGCAAUCAUGUCCGGAUUAAAUAAGGUCUUCUCCAUGCUAUUGAACCACGCGCCCGCGCUCAAUGAAGUCAGAGAUCAUUCUGGCUCCACCGCCUUGUCAGUGGCUUCACGACUUGGAAAAUUCAACAUGGUGGAGAUGCUUGUAUCAUUGCCAAAUACUAAUUUGGCGUUUAGAGACAGUUUGGGCAGAACUGCUCUAUGGUGGGCACAAACACAAGAACAUGACAGCAUCGCAGAAUGCAUCAUUAGAUCGGCUGAAGUGGCAGGUGUCUCUGCCUCUCCUCUCGGCUUGCCCAUCGGCAGCAGAAACUUUUUAAUCAGGAAUGGGAAUUAUUGCAUGAUCUGCAAAGGGAACAUAGAGUUCAGAUCUGCUUUUUACCUCUGCAGGAUCUUCUAUGAUGGCCGAUUUCUCAUCUGUUCGGAUUGCAAGCGUCUCAGAGCUCAUUCUACCUUCAAAUCACAUGUUCUAGUUCCAUUCUAA